AUGAAAUCACAAAGUACCAAGGAUGAAGUGAUGAAAUUACGAAAAAAUCGAAUUGCUCCCAAAUCACGAGGUGGUAACAAAAGAUCUAUUUUAAAUGAACAACAUAAAGAAUUUUUAGAAGCUGCGAUUGAAGAAGAACCAUGGAUUUCUAUUUCAGAUUUAGCACAAAAAUUAGUAAAUCAAUUUCCGAAUAUUCAGAUCUAUAAUGAAAAUAUUAACAUUUAUAGAGAUAUGGUCUAUAUUGACAAAACUGAUUUUAAUUUACAUCUUUCAAAAUCAAGGGGUCAUGCGCACUAUGGUCGGCCUGCUAUUUGUAAAGUCAUAAGUAACAGAGUGAAAAAUAUCUCUGUUAUUGCUGCAAUUAAUGAGAAUGGGGUUUUGCAUUAUAAGUCUAUUUUAUGUUCAGUAAAUUCGGAAAUUUUUGUUACCUUUAUUGACGAACUUCUUAGAAUUAUUCCAAAUAGGAAAUUUUUAGUAAUGGAUAAUAUUCAUUUUCAUAAAUCAGAUAUAGUUAAAGAAAUUGUCAAAGAUACUACACACCAAAUUUUAUAUCUACAACCUUAUUCCUCUUUUUUAAAUCUGAUUGAAAAUUGUUUUUCAAAAAUUAAAGAUUCCAUUGCUAAAAAUCGGUUAAGAGAUCAAGAAACAAUUUUAAGUAGAAUGAAUGAUGCAUUUAAUAUUGUUAUGAACGAAGAUUGUGAAGGAUGGAUAAGGUAUACUUCUUUAUACUUUCAAUGUUGUUUAAAUAGUGAAAUUAUCAAUGUCUAA